GAUCGAGUGAGUCCAAACAUGCCUUGUAAGACGAGACACUUGUCUUUACGCGCAACCGAUCCCAUGUAUGGCAGCGGCAUCCAUCGGUGCGUCUCAGCUUCUCUCUCCAGCCCGAUGUCUGGACAUUCAGCUUGGACAAUCACGGGUCUUGUGGUCUCUCGUCCAUCUGUUGGUUCGUAGUUCAGUCGGUUGUGAAGUUCAGCCACGCUGCUCCAUGAGCACUCUUAAACG